UGCAUAUACUCAUAUAGAUACAUACAUGCAUAGAGAUACAUGCAUAAAUAUGUGUGUAUACCCAUCUCUCAGUCUCCAUGUGGUGCUGGUGGAGGUACAGAAGGCUGGUAUGAAAGAGGCUCUUGGUUCUUCUGCGUCAUGGAGCCUUCCUGACAGAGCCUCAGUGCUGAGGCAGCUCUCCCAAAACACAAAGCCCCCUGCAGCCGCUAGAAGGCCCAGCCCGGCCACCCCGCUCACAAACACCCCUGCAGAACAAAGAGCUGCCGCUUUCCAGAAGGCCUGGUGACCAUAAAGAGCCCGGAGCCGCAGCUCUCUGGCUGUUUACAACACAGGUCGUUGCAGCUUCUUCAUCACACCUCCAGCCUCACCACACCAUGCCUCUUCCUCGACGCCGAUCCUCCUUCCUGGGGCAGCCCUCCUCCCCCAGCGCCCCGACCGCCAACGCCGCCGCCGGCAGGAUGGGCUUCGCGGCGGGCGGCACCACGGCCCCCCGGGGGGUAUUUGUGGGCAGCGCGCCCCACAUGGGCGUGGCGUCCUCCGGCCUGGGGACGCGGGUGUCGCGCCGCGCCCUGGGCAUCAGCAGCGUGUUCCUGCAGGGCAUGCGGAGCAGCGCCGUGGCGGUGGUGCCGCGCGCCGGCGAGCGCGCCCACGCCGGGGCCUCACAGGGCCUCAACGGCUGCCUGAUGGAGUACCGGGACAAGGUGCGGGCCCUGGAGCAGCUGAACCAGCAGCUGGAGGAGCAGAUCCGCCUGGGCCUGGACCGCAAGGCCUCCAGCGCAGGGUCCUGGGGGGCCCUGAGGAGAGACUGGGAGGACGUCUACAGACAGGUGAGUGAGGCCUUUCUGGACAACGCCAGGCUGAUGCUGCAGACGGAGAACGUCCAAGCCAGCGCUGAGGACUUCAAGGACAGGUAUGACAACGAGCAACCCUUCCGGAAGGCUGUGGAGGAGGAGAUCAGCUCUCUCUACAAGGUGAUGGAGGACGCCCGCGAGACCCAGGCUGACCUGGAGCAGCAGAUGGAGAACAUGAGAGCCGAGAUCCAGGACCUGGAGCAGAACCACGAGGAGGACGUCAGGGUUCUGUACCACCAGAUGGCCGGCCUUGAUGUGGACGAGUCAGAGGCUCCGAUCCAGACCAACCUGGACCAGAUCCUGGCCUACAUCAGGUCCCACUGGGAGAAGGUCAUCGAGAGGAACCGCGCCGAGACCGACAACUACCUGGAGUACAAGCAGGAAGGCGGUCUGGGCGGUAAGAUGAGUCGCGGGCAGGAAGAGAUGGAGGGCCUGAAGACCCAGUGUUCAGAGUCGGGCUGCAAGAUCCAGUCUCUCCAGGCCGAGACAGAGUCCAUCAGAGCCCUGAAACGAGGACUGGAGAACUCGCUGAGCGACGCCAGGCACUGGCACGACAUCGAGCUGCAGAACCUGGGCUCCGUGGUCGGCAAGCUGGAGGCGGAGCUGAGCGAGGUGCGCGGCGACAUCGACCAGCAGCGCCGCGACUACGAUACGCUGAUGAGCAACAAGACUCGCCUGGAGCAGGAGAUCGGCGCCUAUCACGGCAUCCUUGACUGGGAGGAGAGACGCUACCAGCCCUGCCACGCCACGUGAGACACGCAGUUAGCUAGAAAGGUGGUUAGCUUGACUGACGGACCUCAUCCACUCCCUGUGAGACCCAAGGCGCCACAAAAACAACCCAAAUCUCCAAUGCCAGCCCAGCACAAUAGAGACCCCCCAGACAUCUAGACGAGGACCACCACCUGGUUUACAAGUUCUGCUGUGAAUCCAGAAACCUGAAGCACUAGCAUCUUGAUUAAAUAGUGAACCGUUAUCCGACAGAAUAUCCCAGGAUAGUUCUGGGUGGGGGGCGUGUGGACCUCGUGUUUAGUGGCAUGUAGGCAUACUCAAAUCUAAAAUGUACUAGCUAUAUUCAAAACAUUUACAGGUUUACUGUUUCAUUUUUUACCUUGUGACCUUGAACUUCGAAAUACAUGGUUGUUGAUAUAUUUUCCUCUGAUGGAAUAAUAACCGAAUGCACUGUUCCUUUCCUUAUGAUUAGGUUAAGAAUGAAAAAAAAAUGUAAUGCAUUGAAAAAAAUAAAAUAAAGUACCAAAUACCAAAUUGUACUUGAA